GUAAUUAUCAAUUAAAAAAGAUAAACAGAGGAGAGGAGAGGAGAAGGCGAUGCAACCCACAUCCGGCGGCGGCGGGCUGGCAAGGUUCCGUUCAGCUCCGGCGAGCUGGUUAGAAUCAGUUCUGUUGAAGGAAGAGGAAGAAGAAGAAGACCCCUUAAGCUUCACUCAACUGCUUUCCACUAUCGAUGAUGCUCCCUCUCAUUCUCAACACCAACUCUAUGGUACCGCUCUCUCAAACAAGGAUAAAACACCUGAAAUCUUCAUGUUAGAAGAUUCCGUUCCUUGCAGAGUGAGGGCUAAGCGUGGCUGUGCUACUCAUCCCAGGAGUAUUGCUGAAAGGGUUCGCAGGACUCGUAUCAGUGACCGCAUCAGAAAGCUGCAAGAACUUGUGCCAAACAUGGAUAAGCAAACAAAUACUGCAGAUAUGUUAGAUGAGGCUGUAGCGUAUGUCAAGUUUCUACAAAAGCAAAUUGAGGAACUGUCAGAGCACCAACGGAGGUGUAAAUGCGUGGUUCAAGAGUAAAUUGCUGAUUGUUCCAUGCAGUGCUUGGCUUUUUACGAUUUACUUAUGAAUUAUUAUCAGAAUUUUUUUAUGUUCUGAUGAAGAUCAACCAUACCACACUCUGGAUGCUAAUUAAAUUUAAUAUCUCCUGAUAACUUAAAAGAUGCAUAUAUUAUACAUGUUAGGGGUGACAUUGCCAAGUUCGAGACGAAUAAAUUACAAAUAGAAUUUUAACCUAGAGUGUUAUAAUUGUGUUGUAGUGUUGUACAACUCUUAAGAUACACAAAUCUGCCAAGUUAAUAGCUUCUUGGACUUAAGAUAUAUACAUAACCAUAUGUGUUAUUUUAUUACGUAAUA